AUGUCCAUCUCGAUUCGCAGCACUUCACAGCGCCAGCUCGCACGCCGGCAGUCACUGACGGCCUCCUCAAGCUCCGCCCCCCUGUCUCGAGCUGCGCUUUCUCGAGCAAGCCACCCUGACUCUGCUGUCGAUGCAACGCCAGAGCCAGCUGCGUUGACCCAGGCCUCAGAAAAGCAGGAGCCCACGUUAGCGACAGCGCUUGCUGGUGCGCACUCUUCCUCUUGCGCUGCCGCAUCGCGGAUGUUCUUCACCAGUAGUAACCAGGGCUGCAGUCAGGGAAAGAAUAUUCACAACACGUCCUCCUUGAUGCCCACGCCUACUCUCUCCGCGUCUUCUGCUUCCUCAAAGGAAGCUGCCGCACCGUCGUUGCCACCCUCAGUGCAGUCUUCAUCUUCAACCGCCGGCACCCCAAGAGAUGCUGAUGGGGCUGCGCCGGAGUCUCUUCACGAUGCGUCAGUGUCCACUGCAUUCUCUUCUGCAGCAGAGCCGUCGGAGGCCGCCAAUUCGCAAGAGACAGGCGCGUCGCACUCGCUGCUUUACUCGGUGUCCCGCUUCACAGAACCGGUCAAGCGCAUUAUUUUAAUUCGGAACGGCCGCAGCGAGGCCAACGAAGAUGUGAGCACGUACGUGCAGACGCCCGACUGGCGCAUUCCAUUGGUAGAGGAGGGAAAGCGUGAGGCAAUCGCAGCGGGACGUGCGCUGAGUGAGUUGAUUGGCGACGAUCCGGUCUAUUUCUACUACUCUCCCUACAUCCGAUCUCGGCAGUCGCUGCGGUACGUGCUGCAGGGCUUUGAUGCGGCUAGACUGAGUGGGCUGUCGCACUCGCAGGAGUGGUGGGAGGAGGAAAGCGCGGGUAUCGUAUCCGCGGCCGGGGCGGAGGAGCCCUUGAUGCCUAACUCUGCCACAACACCGGCGAACGAGGCAGGCAUCUUACCUGCACUCGCGAUGACCUCCUCAUCGACCUCUACCAACGUGACUUUCCCCGACACGCCGUGCUGUCUCCAUCGCGACCCAUCUCUUGUGCUGAACAGCGGAACAAGUAAUAAUAUCAUUGGCGUCCGCGAAGAUGUUCGACUUCGAGACGGCGACAUUGGCCGCUACACGAGCGUGGAUGAGCUCAUGCAUCACCUUGUAGAGCGUGAGCGAUACGGCAGGUUCUUCUAUCGCUUUCCCUUUGGCGAGAGCGGCGCGGAUGUCUGUGACCGCAUCACCUCCUUUCUCGAUGCGUUUCAGCGUGAGCGCGUCGAGUUCCCGAUGGAUACAAACGUUGUCAUCAUCACCCACGGGUUGACAAUGCGCAUGUUUAUCAAGCGCUGGUUUUAUCUCACGGUGGAUACGUUUCACAAGAUGAAGUCGCCGCCGCCUGGGUCACUGUGCACCCUGACUCGCUUGCACCAUCGCAGCUGCUUCCGUCUGGAUGAGUGCUGUGUGGAGUCGAUGAACCUGCCGCUGUCCCUGAAUGAGUUCAACGGAUACAAGUACCGCAACAAGCAGCUGCUGGGCUCCAUGAGCUCCGGCGCCCCGUACAUGUGA